UCUAAGUGUUCGGGCGCCUUGCUGGUGAAGACACAGCGAUAGAUCUCAACCAAGGGCCCCAGUUUAGCUACAGCCAAUCCGGCCAAUGAAAUCCAUCCCACUUUGGGGAAUCUCGGGGAUCUCCCAGAACCACGGCCCACUAGCUCAAAACGAGCCAAAAGAUCAGCACCUGCAGAAAAAAUAAGUUAAGGUUUGAAAGUUUGUUUUUACUACCCCCAUCUCAACUCCGCGAUAGAGCACGGGACAGAGAAGAGGAAGGAGUAAGAUCUGUCCACGUACGCCUCAAUUCCAAAGCAGGUACCAUAACCCAGGAGCUUUCCCUCCGAGAAACAACAACGCGACGAUCCGUCCCGCCCGCUCGUAACUCUUCCGCCUCAGACACCACCACCACCCAAACCUGAAGCAACAAUGGCGUCCACCUCCUCCCCGCAAACCCCUCCACAGCCCACAUCGCCACCCCAAUCCCAACCGCAACAGCAGCAGUUACAACAACCUCAAGUAGACCAAUACAACAACACAAACCCCUACGUCCACAACGUCGCCCUAGGCGUGACCCCCGUCGCGCUAUUCGCCCUGUUCCUGCCGCCGCGACGCCUGGACCUGCGCUUCCUAGUCCUCGGCGGCGUCGCGCUGUGGGGCACGAACCAGCUCGUGCACGACUACACGGGGACCUCGACGCUGCACCGGUUCGCGCGCCGCGCCGCCGUCUUCUCCGGCACCGAGCUGCCCGAGAAGGCCAAGGAGACGCAGCUGCGCCUGCGGCUCGAGCGCGCCGAGCGCGCGCGCAAGCUGCGCGAGUUGGAGGGCGGUGCCCCGCACGCGGUUAGGGAUGUGGGGGGGUUGCCGGCCGAGCAGAGGAGGUUGGUCGAGGAGCAACAGCGGCAGCGGCAGCAGCAGCAACAAGGGCGUAAGGAAGAUGAAGAGGGGGAAGAGGGGUCUGAGAGGGGCAUGUUGAAGCGCCUGUGGAUGGGCGAUAGCCCGGACGAUUGGAAGGAGAAGCGGAUCCAGAGGGAGAAGGAGGCGCUGAGCGAGGGGGGAGUCGGGUACUGGGGUCUGAUCGUGGAGCAGAUUUCCGAGGUGUGGAACGGAGGCAAGAAGAAGGAUGACGGAGAUAAAACGACGGAUAAGGAAAAGGGGAGUGCGGAGGGCGAGUCGAAGAAGUCUUGAUAUAGCCUCUCGUAGGCUUGACGUAUGGUAUGAUAGACGAAUUGUACAUUGCGAUCACGGCACCUGCAUAUAAAAUGGGGGUUAUAUUGGAUGGGCUGGAGUUCGUCGGUUUAGGGAUUAUGUGUCAUGCGGCGUGGCCCAGAGCCAUACUCAUCUCUACGAAAAGCAUACCUGAAUAUCUGCGGGAAAUAAACAUUAUGCAUAA